AAAGGAUUCGCUGAGAGGGGGAUGGAUAUGGGGAAAGGAUUCACAGAGAGGGGGAUGGAUAUGGGGAAAGGAUUCGCUGAGAGGGGGAUGGAUAUGGGGAAAGGAUUCACAGAGAGGGGGAUGGAUAUGGGGAAAGGAUUCACAGAGAGGGGGAUGGAUAUGGGGAAAGGAUUCGCUGAGAGGGGGAUGGAUAUGGGGAAAGGAUUCGCUGAGAGGGGGAUGGAUAUGGGGAAAGGAUUCGCUGAGAGGGGGAUGGAUAUGGGGAAAGGAUUCGCUGAGAGGGGGAUGGAUAUGGGGAAAGGAUUCGCUGAGAGGGGGAUGGAUAUGGGGAAAGGAUUCGCUGAGAGGGGGAUGGAUAUGGGGAAAGGAUUCACAGAGAGGGGGAUGGAUAUGGGGAAAGGAUUCGCAGAGAGGGGGAUGGAUAUGGGAAAAGGAUUCGCUGAGAGGGGGAUGGAUAUGGGGAAAGGAUUCACAGAGAGGGGGAUGGAUAUGGGGAAAGGAUUCGCAGAGAGGGGGAUGGAUAUGGGGAAAGGAUUCGCUGAGAGGGGGAUGGAUCUCGGGCGGAAGCUGGCGGAGGGUGGGACAUGCGCCCGACGGAUGACAGGGACGAAGACAGAGACAGGGAUAGAAGGAGGGAUAACCAGGACAGGAGAAGAGAUGUAUACAACUAUGACUCCAGAUACAACGCUGAGGAGAGGUGCCUACUGGGAGUUUGUCAACAAGGGCCAGCCAGUGCAGAGCGUCUACUUCUUCAAGGGAGAUAAAUACUACAGAGUGGAUCUGAAGACCAAGAAAGUGGACCCAGCCAGUCCUCCUUACCCCAGGUCCAUCAGCAAGUACUGUCUGAGCUGUCCUGAAAAACACCUGGGGGCCGAGAAGAAAUAGUUUCACAACUGGAUAAAGAAACGUAUACAGUAUUUAAAACGUGUACAUCAAAGACUCAAAUAGACAGUAAUUUGAAGCUAAAUAAUUUGAACAAUCACUUGACAAAAAUGUUCUGUUGUGAGGACAUUUAUGUUUGUACCUGGAAUCUUUAUAUGUAAUACUUUUACAAUUAAACACAAUCUAACUGUAAA